CAGCGUUACUCUGCCGAUACAUUUGCACGAAUUCGGAAGUUUCUUGUGAUGUAUGUGCACUUCCUGUGGUUAUUCCAUUGCAGCUCGAGAUUCAACGACCUGAUAGAAUGCGCUUCGUUUGUGUAAAUGCCCUUCUCGAAGCCGAGAAGAACUUCAAAGGUGGUCAGGUACCCGGUUCGGAAAUGGAGAUCAUGUUGGAAUUGUACGGUGCUAAACUGAAAUCUGCAAAAUAUGCCAUACUGUCGCAUUGCUGGGGUGUGCCCGAAGAAGGGGAGAAAGAAGUGCAGUUCAGGGAAAUGUCAGAGCUGCUGACGAUGAAAGAUACCCUACGAAGUGCACUCAGGAGGAGCACAGGGUACAUGAAAAUACUCGACACCUGCAAAAGAGCGCAAAAGGAUGAUCUGGAGUUGGUCUGGAUAGAUACCUGCUGCAUUAACAAAGAAAGCAGCUCGGAGUUAUCUGAGGCAAUUAACUCCAUGUACAAAUGGUAUGCGGACUCAGGCCGAUGCUAUGCUUACCUCCAAGACGUCGACACCUCGGAUAUCAAUCCUAAAUGGGACAUAAAGAAGUUCCCCAACUCCAAUGGCUGGCCCAAAUGGUUCUCACGGGGCUGGACACUCCAGGAGCUUGUCGCUCCCAGCGAUAUUCACUUCUUCAACAGCAGUUGGGAACUCAUUGGGUGCAAGAAGAGUCUUGUCGGUGUUCUGAACCGGAUUACGCAGAUCCCGGAUCAUGUACUAAAGGAAGGACUCCACUCGAACCGCCCCAGCGUGGCCCAAAUAAUGUCAUGGGCUGCUCACCGGUCGACAACACGAGAGGAGGACCGGGCGUAUUCCUUGUUGGGGUUGCUUGGAGUGCACAUGCCAAUGUUGUAUGGAGAGGGAAAGCAUGCCUUUCGGCGUCUGCAAUUGGAAAUCAUGCGCACUUCCAAUGACCAGAGCAUAUUUGCUUGGGGUUGGGACACCAGGUGGACUGGCUGGUCCAACAACUUCCUGGCGGACGAUCCAAGCUUCUUCCAGGAUUGUUCUCAUGUCGUCACGAUGCAGCGCGAUGAAUUCAUCGAGGCUUUGGGAUGCAACAUCUCCAAAGAGGAUCUCCUCAAUAUUCCUGUUAAACGAUUUCGCUCGUUCACCGUUACCAAUGGUGGCAUUCAAAUAUGGUUGCCACUGACGCCCUGUGAGGGUUCUUCGUCCCUCUUCAUGGCGACGCUCGCGUGCCGCUACCGUGGCGAAUACCCAAUAACCAUUGUUCUGGGUCGCUCCCAGUCCGACCACUUCAGAUAUUUUGGCCGUUCUCCGAAUCCAAACACUGCAAAAGCGCGAUUCGAAGAAGUCUUUCUUCCGUACAACGACGAUUCAUACCAACAUGAUGAGCUUGUAUUCAAAUUACAUUGCAGCGACUUUACCCGGCAGAGCGUCUUCCCCGCGAAUAUCAAGCUAACAGACAAUGCCCUCACGCUUUCGAAGGCUAGCGACUUCGCCGUCAUUACCUACAAGCACCCCAAGGAUGAUACAUGUUUUGCGGUGGCUUUCUGCUACUGUCGACGGAAACACGUGACGCGUAUCAUAUGCGCUAACGAGGAUAUAUCUCAUGGUGGAGUGGUGUUUCAACGUCUUCACUUGAAUGCUUUGGAAGAGAUCCUCUCGGCAGGCCGAUCAACAGCUUCAUCUCAGGAACGGCAUAAUUCUCGGCCGGUGUUUCAGCAUUUCCACCUCCCCCAGUCUGUCCAUGGUGUGAGAAAGAUGUCUACCCGUCCAGAAAGCUCCCAGGGCAAUUGCAUAGUAACACUCACUACUGUCCACUGUCCUGGUGUCUGUUCGCCUUGCAGUGAAGUUGAUUAUGAGGAGGCUCCUCAUUUUUUUGGUUUCAUGAGGGAUCCCGAUUGGAACAUGCCUUCUGUGGUGUAUCCUUUGAACGAUGAUUCAUCAUCACCCCUCUUCGUCAGAACGGAUUCGCCUGAAAUUAAAGUGCGUACACUCGUACCCGCUUUACUUCAAAUUAUGAUAGAAACAGCUUGGCGACUACGGCCGUCUGUACAGUACUGGUGGGAGAGCUUUUCAACGACAUGGAAACAUCUUCGAUCUGGCGACGGAGUUGGGCAUGCAGAUUUCUGUUGAGCCUGCCAAGCAUAAGAUUGACCCCAAGUGCUGUGACAUGUUAGGGGGUAUCAUCCUCAGAUCCGACCUCAUUCCCGGCCAGUCAUUUUCCCGCAACGCAACCAAGUUGUCACUACCAGAUAACGAAGAUGUCAUGAUCGUGCUGCAAUACUUGUCUGCACGUCUUGCAGGAUCAUUCCUGGUAACAACGCUCGUAGUGCAUUCAGAAACAAGUUGGAGGAACAUGACCACUAUUCC